AUGCGGGACUUCCCCCGCGACAAACUCUGCAAUCUCUGGGGCCAGCUUACCCAGUUGAUCUUCUACAUCCCCAAGUUCCAAUCCACGUUGAUCCACUCUCUGCACGUGGCAGAGGACCUCGCCUGCCUCAUCGUGGACCACGCCCCCGCGCUCGAGCACGUCCGCUACCUGUACGACGCACCCCCGGACCCCGCUGAUCGGCCGUCGGGCACGCUGCUGCAACACCUGGGGUCCCUGGACCCGGGCCCGCCCCUCAAGCGCCUGGAGAUCAACGUCUACUUUGACCGCUACAGCGACACCCUCGUCACCCUGCUCACCCGCUACGGCCGCGCCCUGGAGAACGUCUCCGUCAUGUCGCCCUAUCUGUACGGGUGGUUCGGCCACCACCCCCACCUAGCCCAGCUUAAGGCCCUCUGCCCCGUCCUGAAUCAGCAGGUCCGGUAUAAUAUGGGCCGGAUGGCUCUGGUCGGGCCGUGGCUGUAUGCGCGCCUGCCGCAGCAUGAGGGCGAUCUCGAUGGAUGGUGGACCCGCUGGGACAACGCGAGGGGUUGGGCGGAACCGGUGGAGGAAUGCAGUCCGCUUUGA